AUAGGAAGAUUAGUUCCCGUUUCCUGUUCUACGUUUUCUUCGUCCCCCUAGGGCUUGCCCAUUAAUUUCCCCCUUCUCCAUUCCUUCAGGGGACAUCUUUGUUAUGUAAUUCUCAAUCUUGAACUCAGAUUUCAAACGCUGGGAAAGGCUUCAAUCCAAUCACCGGCGUUUCUCCGAUUUCUCCUUGACAUUUCCAUGGCCGCCGUGUUCUAGGUGGUGAAAUUUGGUUUUUGAUUUCUUUACUUUCUAUGCUCUCAAGGGUUUAUGAGCAAUUCGUGAAUUAUUGUUUCUGGGGGUGUGGAUUCCACAUUCUUAAUUUGUAUUGGGUUAAGGGGAAUCUAGGGUUUUCGAAUUGGGGGCUUCUGUCAGGAGGUAGCUGGUUUCAGCUAGUUCGCUGUUAAUUUAUUUUUUGAAAUUUUAAUUUGGUGCUAGUCAGAUGCAUAAUAAAUUCGAAUCAAGAACUGGGUGAUCGGCGCUCGGUGGCGAGCGACUCGUCGAUUUGAGGGUUUGGGUUUUUGUAUGGAAACUCGGAGCAGAAAGCGGGCGGAGGCCUCCUCAGCAGCCCCUUCUUCUUCGUCUUCUGGUCCUACUACUCGUUCUAGCAAGCGCGCUCGUCUCUCUGGUACUUCCUCAUUGAAUCUUGCUGCACCUACUCUUUCGAUCUCAACGCGUUCUCGCUCUACUCGAACCCAAGAACCGUCUGCCACCAGUACUCCAAUGGACUCCACCAAUGAAUCAUCGGGGUCACGCCGUCGAGGGAAGAACUCUGAUAAAGAAAAUUCGGAUAAGGGGAAGGAGAAAGAACAUGAGGUUAGAAUUGGGGAUAGAGAAAAAAAUGCGGAGCAAAGCUUUGGGCUAAAUAUUGAAGGCAGUGGCGGUGGAGAGGAUGACGAUAACGACAGUGAAGGAGGGAUGGGAGUCUUGCAGCAUAAUUUAUCCACGGCAAGUAGCGCCCUUCAAGGACUUUUGAGGAAACUCGGUGCUGGACUGGAUGAUUUACUUCCUUCUUCUGCAAUUGCAUCGGCUUCUUCCUCACAGCAGAGAGGACGGCUUAAGAAGAUCUUGUCUGGGUUGAGAGCCGAUGGAGAAGAAGGGAGGCAAGUUGAGGCAUUGACACAACUUUGUGAGAUGCUCUCAAUCGGCACCGAGGAAUCUCUAAGUACUUUCUCUGUAGAUUCCUUUGUCCCUGUCCUUGUCGGGUUACUUAAUCACGAAAGCAAUCCGGAUAUAAUGCUUCUAGCGGCCAGGGCUCUAACCCAUCUGUGUGAUGUCCUGCCUUCAUCGUGUGCUGCUGUCGUUCAUUAUGGUGCUGUUUCCUGCUUCUGUGCGAGAUUGCUAACUAUAGAAUACAUGGACUUAGCUGAACAGUCACUGCAAGCUUUGAAGAAGAUAUCCCAGGAACACCCUACUGCCUGCCUGCGUGCUGGUGCUCUUAUGGCUGUGCUUUCAUAUUUAGAUUUCUUCUCCACAGGAGUCCAGCGAGUCGCAUUGUCAACUGCUGCUAAUAUGUGCAAGAAGCUUCCUUCCGAUGCAGCCGACUUUGUGAUGGAAGCUGUUCCCCUGCUAACCAACCUUCUUCAGUAUCAUGAUGCAAAGGUGUUGGAGCAUGCUUCUGUUUGUUUGACCCGUAUUGCCGAGGCCUUUGCAUCAUCUCCUGAUAAAUUAGAUGAACUAUGUAAUCAUGGACUUGUUACGCAAGCUGCUUCACUUAUUUCCACUAGUAGCACCGGAGGUGGACAGUCAAGUCUCAGCUCAGCAACUUAUACUGGAUUAAUCCGACUUCUUUCCACUUGUGCAAGUGGGUCUGCCUUAGGUGCAAAAACUUUGCUGCUUCUUGGGAUCAGUGGGAUUCUUAAAGAUAUAUUGUCUGGUUCUGGUGUGUCUACCAAUUCGCCUGCAUUAAAUAGACCACAAGAGCAGAUUUUUGAGAUAGUCAACUUGGCAAAUGAGCUUCUACCCCCUCUGCCUCAAGGAACCAUUACUUUUCCGCCCAACUUUAAUUCGUUUGUGAAAGGACCUGUCGUCAAGAAGCCUUCUACUAGUGGUUCUGUGAAAGAUGAAGAUCCAACUGAUGGUGCCCCUGAGGUUUCAGCUCGUGAGAAACUCUUAAAGGAUCAGCCUGAGCUCCUACAUCAGUUUGGAAUGGAUCUCCUUCCUAUUUUAAUACAGAUCUAUGGGUCCAGUGUGAAUGGUCCAGUACGUCAUAAAUGUCUCUCAGGAAUUGGAAAAUUGAUGUAUUUCAGCACUCCAGAGAUGAUACAAUCGCUAUUGAAUGUGACUAAUAUAGCAAGUUUUCUAGCGGGUGUUUUGGCGUGGAAAGAUCCACACAUAUUGAUUCCUGCUCUCCAAAUUGCUGAGAUUCUUAUGGAAAAGCUUCCUGAAACAUUUUCCAAGAUGUUUCUUCGAGAGGGUGUUGUUUAUGCUGUUGACCAGCUUAUCUUAGCCGAUAACCAAAAUUCUGCUUCCCAAGCUGCUUCUGUUGAGAAGAAUAAUAACUCUGCAUCUGGAACUUCAUCACGCACUCGGCGUUAUAGAAGGCGCAGUGGAAAUAUGAAUCCGGAUGGAAGUUCACUGGAUGAAAACAAGAAUCCUGUUUCUGGUAGUGGUGUUCCACAGGGUUCGGUGGAGGCUCCAUCAGUUAAUUCUAAUCUCCGAACUGCUGUGAGCGCGUAUGCCAAUGCUUUUAAAACCAAGUACUUCCCUUUAGAUCCGGGAGAUGUUGAAGUUGGAGUUACGGAUGAUCUCUUACGUCUGAAAAAUCUGUGUGUCAAGUUGAGUACUGGUAUUGAUGAUCAGAAGACUAAAUCAAAAGGGAAGUCAAAAGCUUCAGGGUCUCGCCAAGAUGAUAUUAUUACUAAUAAGGAAGAGUGUUUAACUGGUGUAAUAUCUGAAAUGCUAAUUGAAUUGGGAAAAGAUGAUGGUGUUUCUACUUUUGAAUUUAUUGGUAGUGGCGUUGUUGGAGUUCUGCUUAACUACUUUUCUUGCGGAUACUUCUCUAAAGGAAGAAUUUCGGAAGCUGAGUUGCCAAAGCUUCGGCGACAAGUACUUAAAAGAUUUAAAUCAUUUAUUUCUGUUGCCCUUCCUACAAGCAUUAAUGUGGGGACAGUAGCUCCUAUGACAGUCUUAGUUCAAAAGCUACAGAGUGCUUUGUCCUCUUUGGAGCGUUUUCCCGUUGUCUUGAGCCAUUCUUCUAGAUCAUCCAAUGGUAGUGCACGUCUUUCCUCUGGGCUAAGUGUAUUAUCUCAGCCAUUUAAGUUACGACUUUGUCGAGCACAAGGAGAAAAAUCACUUCGUGAUUAUUCAUCAAAUAUUGUUCUGAUUGAUCCAUUGGCAAGUUUAGCAGCUGUCGAAGAAUUUCUGUGGCCUAGAGUUCAGAGAAGUGAAUCUGGUCAAAAACCUUCAGCAUCAUCUGCUGCAAACUCAGAUUCAGGAACAACCCCUACAGGAGCUGUUGCUUCAACUCCUAGUUCAACCACUCGCCGUUACCCUACUAGGCACAGAUGGUCGAUGGCUAUUGGAGAAAGAGCAGGGAAGGAAUCUUCACAGGAGAAAAACACUUCAAAGGGGAAGGGGAAAGCUAUUCUAAAGCCUGCUUGGGAGGAGAAGAGAGGCCUACAAACUAGAAAUUCUACCCGUAGAAGAUCAGCUGUGAACAAGGAUGCCCAAAUGAAGCCUGCAAAUGGAGAGACCACUUCUGAGGAUGAAGAACUGGACCUGUCCUCCAUCCAGAUUGAUGAUUCUUUAGUGAUUGAGGAUGAUGAUAUUUCUGAUGAUGAAGAUGAUGACCAAGAUGAUGUGCUGCAGGAAGACUCUCUUCCUGUUUGUAUGCCUGAAAAGGUGCAUGAUGUCAAAUUGGGUGACGCAGUUGAAGAUGGUGAUGCUGGUCCAGCUACAAGUGAUAGCCAGAUUCAUUCAGCUUUUGGCUCUGGCAGUAGAGCAGCUGCAGUCAGGGGUUCAAGGGGAGGUAUGUCAUUUGCUGCUGCUGCUAUGGCUGGGCUUGGAUCAGCUAAUGGCAGGGCUUUCCAUGGAAGUCGGGAUCAACAGGGACGUCCUCUCUUUGGUGGCUCCAAUGAUGACCCAAAAUUAGUCUUUUCUUCUGGUGAGAAGCAGCUUGAUAGACAUUUGACAAUAUAUCAAGCUGUUCAACGGCAGCUUGUAUUGAACGAGGAUGAUGAUGAGAGGUUUGCUGGUACUGGCAGUGACUUCUUAUCUAAUGAUGGGAGCGGUUUAUGGGGUGAUAUAUAUACCAUCACAUAUCAGAGGUCAGAUAAUCAAUGCGAGAGGGCUUUAGCUGGGGAAUCAAGCUCCUCUAAAUCUAAAUCUACCAAAUGUGUAUCAACUUCCAGUUCAAUUUCAGAGUCUCAGUUCCAUCAAAUGUCACUUCUAGACAGUAUUUUACAAGGAAAACUUCCAUGUGAUUUGGACAAAUCUAAUCCUACAUAUGAUAUAUUAUCUUUACUGCGUGUACUCGAGGGAUUGAAUCAGCUUGCUCCACGCUUAAGGGCACAAAUAGUCUCUGAUCAUUUUGCAGAGGGAAAGAUCUCUACACUUAAUGAGUUGGGUGGAAUUGGUGGAAAGGUUCCUCAUGAGGAAUUCAUCAAUAGUAAGCUUACUCCCAAAUUGGCUCGACAAAUUCAGGAUGCUCUUGCAUUAUGCAGUGGGAGCCUCCCUUCGUGGUGUUACCAAUUGACUAAGGCAUGUCCAUUCUUGUUUCCUUUUGAGACCCGGCGACAGUAUUUCUAUUCCACUGCAUUUGGGCUGUCACGUGCAUUAUAUCGGCUACAUCAGCAACAAGGAGCUGAUGGUCAAGGAACAGUAAAUGAGCGAGAGGUAAGGGUUGGAAGAUUGCAGCGCCAAAAAGUUCGUGUCUCACGUAAUCGAAUAUUGGAUUCUGCUGCAAAAGUUAUGGAGAUGUAUUCUAGCCAAAAGGCCGUCCUUGAAGUAGAAUAUUUUGGCGAAGUGGGAACUGGAUUAGGUCCUACCCUUGAAUUCUACACACUUUUAAGUCAUGAGUUGCAGAGGGCUGGACUUGGGAUGUGGAGGUCUAAUUCUUUACAAGAGUCGAUCGAAAGUAGUGAAGAUGAGCAGCUUGGAAAGGCUAAAGAUGCCAAUAUUGAUAUCAUCCAAUCUCCUCUUGGGUUAUUCCCACGACCUUGGCCACCAAAUGCCAAUUCUUCCGAGGGCAGCCAAUUUUCGAAGGUUAUUGAAUAUUUCCGGCUUGUUGGUCGUGCGAUGGCGAAAGGUCUGCAAGAUGGAAGACUAUUGGAUCUACCACUCUCAACAGCAUUUUAUAAGCUUGUUCUUGGUCAAGAUCUUGAUUUACAUGAUGUCCUCUCAUUUGACGCUGAGCUAGGGAAGAAUUUACAAGAAUUGCAGGCUCUUGUUCGUCGGAAACAUCUUUUAGAAUCGACGAACGGUGAUAAUGAAAAUACAAUUUCCAACUUGUCCUUCCGCGGGGUUGCAGUAGAAGAUCUCUCCUUGGAUUUUACACUACCUGGUUAUCCGGACUAUGUUUUGAAGCCAGGAGAUGAAACUGUUAAUAUUCACAACUUGGAGGAGUACAUAUCCCUUGUAUUAGAUGCCACUGUUAAGACUGGCAUAAUGCGACAAAUGGAAGCAUUUACUGCAGGAUUCAAUCAGGUUUUUGACAUAUCGGCAUUACGCAUAUUUAUUCCCCACGAGUUGGACCAUUUGCUAUGUGGUCGUAGAGAAUUGUGGAAGGCUGACACUCUUGCCGAUCAUAUUAAAUUCGAUCACGGAUACACCGCCAAGAGUCCUGCAAUAGUCAAUUUUCUCGAGAUUAUGGGCGAAUUCACACCAGAGCAGCAGCGAGCUUUCUGCCAGUUUGUAACAGGUGCACCUAGACUUCCACCAGGAGGCCUUGCAGUGUUGAACCCAAAAUUGACUAUUGUGAGAAAGCACUCGUCAACAGCGACUAAUGCAGCCACCAGCGGGGUAGGGGCUUCCGAAUCAGCAGAUGACGAUUUGCCUAGUGUUAUGACGUGCGCCAAUUACCUUAAGCUUCCUCCGUAUUCAACCAAGGAAAUAAUGUACAAGAAACUAAUCUAUGCGAUCAACGAGGGGCAGGGAUCUUUCGAUUUGUCAUGAGUUCUUGGGACUAACCACAACUUGUGUAUACUAUUAACAUGGAAUACUCGGGCCAACGGAUUGUGUUUGUCUGCAAUAGUUUUGGCAGCGGGCGUCAAGAGAGAGCAGUUCUUCUUUUCCUUUGCUUUUGGAGUUGUACAUUCAUAUUUUGACCAUUGUGUUGUUUAUUGUGCUCUCUUUCAUAGGGGGUGGGAGCAAUUGGCCAGAUUUUCAGGAAAACAAGGUAGAGGGAGUUUUUGAACUACUUUUUGUGUCAGUUCCAAGUUUUAGGAUAUUAUGUAAAUAAGUAGGAACUGUUGGAUUCCCUCUUCACCUGGGUGGUGGUGGUGGUGGUGGUGGCGGCGUCGGCGGCGGCGGCGGUGGUGGUGUUUGGUUAUAUUGGCUGUAAACAUGCAUCUCAUAAAAUAUGAUUGGAAGGGGAAAUAAUCAAAAUUCAAUAUUCAUUGCA